AUGUUUAUCUAUGGAAAUGCUGAAGAAGAAAAGGCCGUAGAUGGUCUCCAGCAAUGGUUUGAAGAAAAUAAAAAAUUGCCAAAUAAAAUUGAUCGCACCUUACUAUGGCGUCUUUAUCAACGAUCAUCAAAAGACAUAGAGGAAACUAAAAAAUUACUGGAACUCUAUUAUACCUUGCGGCUUAAAAAUCCAAAGAUUUUCAUCAAACGGGAUCCAAGUGAUGUCGAUACUGAUAAUAUGUAUAAAUAUUUGCACAUUGCUCCACUGAGCCAAUUGACACCCGAAAGUUAUCACAUCACCUGUAUACACUUUCAUAACUUGGACACUAAAAUGAUACAUUUCACGGAAGACAUAAAAACCUAUGUAAUGAUUGGUGAUUGUCAUUUUCUGCAACCGGAUGUGAUAUUGGAAAAUAACAAUGGGCAACUUUCCAAGGGUGAAAUUAUUAUCAUCGAUAUGGAGGGCAUUACCAUGAAACAUGUAGCCGCAUUGUCUAUGGGUACCUUGAGUGUUUUCUUCAAAUAUCUCUAUCAGGCCUAUCCGAAUCGUAUGCAAGCGGUACAUAUGAUUAAUUGUCCAUCGUAUAUAAAUAAAAUUUUGGGCUUUUUAAGACCAUUUAUGAGCAAGGAAUUAUACGAGAUGAUUAAAUGUCACACCAACGGGCUGGAGAGUCUCUAUGAAAGUAUACCACGUGAAAUUUUACCAAAGGAAUAUGGUGGCAAUGCUGCUACCAUGGCUGAGUUAAGUUCCGAAUUUAGAAAUAAAAUUUUGGAAAUUAAAUCACUUCUUAUGGAUCCGGAAUACUGGACUGUACAGAAAUCUUAG